AUGUCUAGCACUGAUGCCAUGCGAGAAGCCGUUCUUGCCGCCAACCUGGAGCGGCUGCAAUUUAUUCUGUUGAAUUGCCUUGAAAGCGAGUACGGCAGGGAUCUUGUCGAGGACGAACUUGAGGAAGAGCUUCGCCUCGAGGAAGAACUUCGCCUCGCCGAAGAAGCCGCCAUUGAGAAAACAGACAGCCCCCAGCAACCAACCUUUGAUAUUUCAGCAAAAUCAGCAAAGCGGAAGCGGUUCGAACGCUGCGAGCAAUGCGAACGAGAGUUUGACGUUACCGCUAAUGGGCACAACCAUUGCGUUUGGCACUCCGGAUACUUGAUCGUCAACCCGUCAAAGUCCUACGACUGGAUUUACAAGCAGCAAAACUUCGACGCCCAGGAGCACCGCGAAAAAGACCCUGAGUCGUACCUCUGGAGCUGCUGCUUGGAGCCUAGUGAUACCGAAGGCUGCAUGGACGGCUAUCACAAGGCUUGCACAUCAUCUCAGAAGAAAUCCCGCUCCUGA